UCCUCCACCACCUCCACCUCCACCACCACCACCACCGCCACCGCCACCGCCACCGCCACCGCUGUCACCACCAAACACCCACCACCUUCACAUAUCAGCAACCCCUCUCUCUCUCUCUCUCUCUAGUUUGUGUGUGGGAAAAAAAGAGCUUUUUGACAAAAAGGGUCCUGAAAAUCUUCAAAUAAUACAAGAAUCUAGAGGCGGGGAAAAAUAGAAGAAAAACAACACAGCACAAGUGAAGAAUAAGAUUUAGUGCUCUGCCAUGUAUGGCUCAUCAAGGUGGUGAAGAAGAGAAACACAACAACAACAUGGCCUCAUCAACAGGCUAUUGCUACUCUGAUGUCUCAUCUGGAAACCCAAACAUCCAAUCUCAUGAUCUGGUGAAUCAUCAGUUACAAAGCUUUGAGUCCAACCCAGAGAUCUACAACUUGACCACAGGCAUGGAGAUGAUAGGGUUUCCACCAAAGAGUGACGCUGACACCAACUCUGCUAUCUGGAAAGGCUUCUUCGCCGGCAAAACUGGUGGUGGCGGCGGUGGUGGAAGUGGCGGUGCUUCGUCUUCGAAGACGAUGAAUGAGUCUGCAGCGAGUGAGUUUUAUCAGCAAGAACAGUUCAACAACAAGGCUUCUGAAUUCAUAGCCCUUGCAACAAGUGAAACAAGUGAAACCCUGAUGGUUGCACCACCGCAACCACCAGACUCAACAAGUGGUUGGCAUGAUCAGAACAGAUUGAUGGUUGAUGAUUCAUCUCUGAGGUGUGUGUUUCCUUGUGAAGGAAAUGAAAGGCCAAGUCAAGGACUCUCACUCUCACUCAGCUCAAGCAACCCUUCUACUAUUGGGUUACAGUCCUUUGAGCUCAGGCAACAACAACAACAACAAGAAGAUGAUAUUAGAUUUGUUUCCUCAAGUUCUAGAUCAGAUGGUUUCUUUGGAAAAUCAAUGAAUAAUGUUCAGCAACAUAUGAUUCAAGAUGUGUUUUUGGGAAAAGCUGCAAAUCAUACUCAACAUCAUAAUCGCCAUGGACAGUUUCUUCAGAUCAGGAACUCAAAGUAUCUGGGACCUGCUCAGGAGCUUCUGAAUGAGUUCUGUAACCUUGGAACAAAGCAAACUGACCCAAAAACAAAGUUAAAGCAGCCCCACAACAGCAAGAACAGUCAGUGGCAGGAUGAGAAUACAACAAACAAUUCUUCAAAAAAGCAAUCUUUGUACAACCUUGAACUCCUGGAGUUGCAGAAACGAAAAACAAAACUGCUUUCAAUGCUUGAAGAGGUGGAUAGAAGAUACAGGCGCUACUGUGAUCAAAUGAAAGCCGUGGUUUCAUCGUUUGAAGCAGUGGCAGGGAAUGGAGCGGCAACUGUUUACUCGGCGUUGGCUUCGAAGGCUAUGUCCAGGCAUUUUAGAUGCCUAAGAGAUGGGAUUGUGGAUCAGAUUAAUGAUACCAAGAAAGCCAUGGGAGAGAAGGAUACAGCUGCACCGGGUACAACACGGGGAGAGACGCCAAGACUUAGGCUUCUUGAUCAAACUCUGAGGCAACAAAGGGCCUUUCAACAGAUGAACAUGAUGGAGAGUCAUCCGUGGCGACCCCAACGUGGCCUACCCGAGCGAUCUGUGUCGGUGCUUCGAGCUUGGCUAUUCGAGCAUUUCCUACACCCGUACCCAACUGAUGUAGAUAAGCACAUCUUAGCCCGCCAAACAGGUCUCUCAAGAAGCCAGGUAUCAAAUUGGUUCAUUAAUGCAAGAGUAAGGCUAUGGAAGCCAAUGGUUGAAGAGAUGUACGUAGAAGAAACAAAGGAACAAGAUAACCACAUGGUUAUGGCUUCCACCUCAGAUGAUCAAAACCCUCAGGCACGCCCCGAAGAUCAGAAGCCAACACAAGACCAACUCGUGAGGAUCGAUUCAGAGUGUCUCUCUUCCAUCAUCAACAACAACCCAGAAAAAAAUGACCCCAAACAUGGCACUAAAAGCCCUCAAAAUCACCAACCACCCCACAAUUUGCUCCACCACCACCACCACCACCACCAGCAUCAGGAGCAGCAUAGCUUUGGUAGAGUGGCGGAGACGUUUGGGGCGGUGGAAUUGGACUUUUCGACAUACAAUCAUCAUGCGGUUGGUGGUGUUUCUUAUGCGAAUGAGAAUGCCCACCAGAGUUUUGGUGGUGGCAAUAGCGGCGGUGGUGGUGGUGUGUCUUUGACACUGGGAUUACAACAGCAUGGUGGGAGUGGGGUGAGCUUAGCAUUCUCCCCGGCAUCACAGAGUACUCUCUUCUAUGCAAGAGAUCAUAUUGAAGAUUGUCAGCCGGUUCAGUACUCGCUAUUGGAUGGUGAAGGACAGAAUUUGCCUUAUAGGAACUUGAUGGGUGCACAAUUGCUUCAUGACUUGGCUGGAUAGACAGAAAAUUAUUUGGGAUUCAUGAAAUGAUUUAUCGAUCAGUAAUACUAGAAACCAAGAACUCAGUCACAGAAAAGAACCAAAAAAAAUUAAUACGCAGUUCAGACCGCAUAUUAAUUUUUUUUUUAUUUUUUAUUUUGUAGCAAUUUCUAUGUUUAAAUUCUUGGUUUUUUGGCAUUACUGUUUAUGGACCGAGAGUAUCAGUGAUGGCUGCUGGAGUUCUAGGCGAAGGAUGGUGAAUUGGUGAUGGUAGAUAAUCAAAUUGGGUAUGGAUAGAAAACUUGAUACAUACAUAUAGAUCUAUAGUAAGUAAUUAUUAAGAUAUAUACAUACAAUGAAAGUUGCUAGUUUCCCAUGCUUUUGUUGAUUGGAAGAAUA